CUCAGAUCCGUCACGGGGAGAGGGAGAGAGAAAGGGGAAGUGAGGACGUCGGGCUUCUUGGAUCUCGGGGAGGAAAGAGUAGAGAAGGAAGAUGCUGAAGUUCCUGAAGGGGGUGGUGGGAGGGACUGGUGGCGGGAUCAAGGACCUUCCUUACAAUAUCGGAGAACCCUACAGCACCUCCUGGGGCUCCUGGGUCCAUCACCGCGGCACAUCCAAGGAGGAUGGGAGUGCCGUGUCUAUAUUUUCUCUAUCAGGAAACAAUGCACAAGAUGGACAUUUGGCAGCUGGCAGGAAUGGUGUCAAGCGUCUUCGCACGGUUAGGCAUCCAAAUAUUUUGUCUUUCCUUCACAGCACGGAGGUUGAAGUUGUUGAUGGUUCUGUCGUCAAACCAACUAUUUACAUUGUAACAGAGCCUGUCAUGCCACUUUCAGAAAAGAUAAGGGAGCUAGGUUUAGAAGGUACACAAAGGGAUGAAUACUAUUCAUGGGGACUGCAUCAAAUAGCUAAAGCUGUCAGCUUCUUGAAUAAUGAUUGCAAACUGGUUCAUGGAAAUGUUUGUGUGGCUAGUGUAGUGGUCACAUCAACAUUAGACUGGAAACUUCAUGCAUUUGAUGUAUUAUCUGAAUUUGAUGGAAAUAGCGAAUCUUCUACGGGUCCAAUGUUGCAAUAUGAAUGGCUGGUUGGUUCACAAUACAAACCAAUGGAAUUAGUUAAGUCUGACUGGGUGGCAGUCAGAAAAUCUCCAGCAUGGGCAAUUGAUUCGUGGGGCUUGGGUUGUCUUAUUUAUGAACUAUUCUAUGGUACAAAGUUGUCUAAAACAGAAGAUCUACGUAACACUUCUGCAUUGCCAAAGUCUCUGCUUCCAGAUUAUCAAAGACUUUUGAGCUCUACACCAUCCCGGAGAUUAAAUCCUUCAAAGCUCGAUAAUAGUGAAUAUUUCCAGAAUAAGCUGGUAGAGACCAUUCAAUUCAUGGAGGUCCUUAAUUUGAAAGACAGUGUUGAGAAGGACACCUUUUUCCGGAAACUCCCAAACUUGGCUGAACAACUUCCCUGUCAAAUUGUGUUAAAGAAGUUACUUCCGUUAUUGGCCUCUGCACUGGAAUUUGGAUCUGCUCAUGCUCCUGCUUUGACAGCUCUCCUGAAAAUGGGUUCUUGGCUUUCCACCGAAGAAUUUAAUCUCAAGGUCCUCCCCACCAUCAUAAAAUUGUUUGCUUCAAAUGAUCGAGCUAUCCGAGUUAGUCUUUUGCAGCAUAUUGAUCAGUUUGGUGCAUCUUUUACAGCUCAAGUUGUGGAUGAGCAAGUUUAUCCUCAUGUUGCUUCUGGCUUUUCUGAUACAUCUGCUUUCCUUCGGGAAUUGACACUCAAAUCAAUGCUAGUUUUGGCACCAAAACUAUCCCAACGGUCUAUUUCAGGGUCAUUGUUAAAAUACCUUUCAAAGUUGCAGGUGGAUGAAGAACCAGCAAUCAGAACAAAUACAACAAUCCUGCUUGGAAAUAUAGCUAAUUAUCUGAAUGAUGGGACAAGAAAGAGAGUUUUGAUCAACGCUUUCACUGUUCGUGCACUGCGUGAUACUUUUUCUCCAGCUAGGGCUGCAGGCAUAAUGGCCUUAAGUGCCACAAGUGCUUAUUAUGAUAUAACAGAGAUUGCAACUCGCAUCUUGCCAAAUAUCGUUGUACUUACCAUUGAUCCUGACAGUGAUGUGAGGUCAAAGGCAUUUGCAGCAGUUGAUCAAUUUAUGCAGAUAGCAAGGCAACACCAUGAGAAGAUGAGUUCAGGUGAUCCAAAUGGAACAGUUUCAGGCAUUGGAGGGCCCUCAGUAGCAGGAAAUACAAGUUUGCUUGGGUGGGCCAUGAGUUCCCUGACACAGAAGGGAAAGGCUGAGCAUGCACCUGUUAUUUCUUCCAAUUCAGAUAAACCUAUUGUUUCUGCAGCCUCAAGCACAAGCUUAGCAAGUGAUGCAUCAGAUUCUAUGCCAAGAAAUGUGAGCUAUAAUAGUGACAUGGCUGAUCAGGCUGCACCUUCAUCUCCUACCUCCACUGAUGGUUGGGGAGAACUAGAAAAUGGGACCGUUGAGCAUGAAAGUGAUAAAGAUGGAUGGGAUGAUAUUGAACCAGUUGAUCAAAAGCCGCCUCCAGCACUUGCAAAUAUAUAUGCUGCCCAAAAAAGACCUGUGGUGCCUCCUAAACAGCAAGUCACAGGUAGCAGACUGGGAAGCUCUGUUACAGCAGCAGCCAAAGAAGAGGAUGAUCUAUGGGGUGCGGUAGCAGCUCCUGCACCAAAAACUACCGCUAAACCCAUCCAACCGAAGACAGUGACCAGUGACGAUGAUGAUCCAUGGGGUGCCAUAGCUGCUGUACCUCCCAAAACAACUGCCAAGCCACUGCAGUCGAAAUCAACUGCAAGCAGUGAUGAUGAUCCAUGGGCUGCUAUAGCUGCUCCUGCCCCUACUACACGUGCAAAGCCGCUCUCGGCUGCUCGUGGGCGAGGCAGCCGUGCUGCUCCCAUGAAGUUGGGUGUACAGCGAAUAAAUCGGAGUUCAUCAUCAGAUACAUAGUUUAUCUUUUGGUAAAUGGAAAAGAAAAAAGUAGAAAAAAAGGGUCAUGUAUGCUAUUUGGUUGUGCAAUAUUCUUUUUCCAUGUACGAUUCGUUUAAUAAAUUUUGUAAAUUAGAUACUGGAUGGUGAUAAUAGCCAUAUUCAUAUUGGUUGUGUAUUGAGAAAGAUCAUAUAGCAAUCAUGUAAUUUCGUUUUUCUA